GGUGAGCGCGUGCUGGGGCUACUGGGCUCGAGUGCGGGCGGCGGUUAGUGCCGUUCCGGAGAGAGUCGACUGACCGAGAGAGGAAAGAGGGGCGGAGUAGGAAGCUGGUCUACUCCGGUGGAGCCAAUUGAAAUGAGUCGUCAGACUGCCACAACACUCCCCACAGGUACAUCAAAGUGCACUCCUGCCCAGAGAGUCCCAGCAUUGGCAGGAACUACAGCCUCCAAUAGUGAUUUAGCAAGCCUUUUUGAGUGUCCAGUGUGCUUUGACUAUGUGCUGCCACCAAUUCUUCAGUGCCAGAGUGGCCAUCUUGUCUGCAGCAACUGCCGUCCUAAACUUACAUGCUGUCCCACUUGCCGGGGCCCAUUGGGUUCCAUUCGCAACUUGGCUAUGGAGAAAGUGGCCAACUCUGUACUGUUCCCUUGUAAAUAUGCCUCUUCAGGUUGUGAGAUAACAUUGCCACAUACAGAGAAAGCAGACCAUGAGGAACUCUGUGAGUUCAGGCCAUACUCAUGUCCUUGCCCUGGUGCCUCUUGUAAAUGGCAGGGUUCUCUGGAUGCUGUAAUGCCACACCUGAUGCACCAACACAAGUCCAUCACAACCUUGCAGGGUGAGGACAUAGUUUUCCUGGCCACAGACAUUAACCUUCCAGGUGCAGUUGAUUGGGUUAUGAUGCAGUCAUGUUUUGGCUUCCAUUUCAUGUUAGUCUUGGAAAAACAGGAAAAGUAUGAUGGCCACCAACAAUUUUUUGCCAUAGUACAACUAAUUGGAACACGCAAACAAGCUGAAAACUUUGCCUAUAGACUUGAACUCAAUGGCCACAGACGACGGCUGACUUGGGAAGCAACUCCUCGAUCAAUUCAUGAGGGUAUUGCCACAGCAAUUAUGAAUAGUGACUGUCUGGUAUUUGACACUAGCAUUGCACAGCUUUUUGCAGAAAAUGGAAACCUGGGAAUCAAUGUAACAAUCUCAAUGUGUUGAAACUGACAUUUCACAAAUUCUUGUCAGGGGCCAGUAUUGGGUCAUUAAAUGCUGUACAAGAGCUCUGAAUAUUGGAAGCAUUGUACAACAUUUGCUGCCAGGCAUUUUAUCAAAUGGCUUCUUGGAUUGUUCAGUCUGGGUCAUGAUGGGAAGAUGCAAAGCUGGCUCAUAGUAAAAGUUAACACUAAUUAUAAAUGCAGUAAACCACUGAACAGAAACCCUCUUUCUAGAAGGUAGUGCUAUGAAUCUAAAGAAAAUGGGAAUAAAACAGAAAUGCAAGUGCUACAAUCUUGUAGUUCAAUUUGAUUGUACUGUCAGCUAAAAGUUAAACAUUUGUGUUUUGAUUGUCUUUACUGACAAGCCAUGUUAGGCAGUUUUAAGUUGCUGCUUUUCUCAUUUGUCACUACAUAGAACUGCUGCUGUUUUGUGUAAAUUUUUGUGUAUGGCUAUUUUUUUGAGUUUGCUAGUUUUGUGUCAAAUUCCCUCUUUUUUUGUACAACCAACCCCUCACUCAAAACCAGUUAGUUCAUUUCAUAUCCUACUCAGUUUACAAGUUUCUAUCCAAUGUUUUAAGGUUUCUAGAUGUCUCUCAUACUAAACUCCAAGUUGAUAAAACAAUUUUAGCGAGGAGUAAUUUCUAAAUCCUGAAUGCUUGAGUGGCAGUAUCUAAUAUUACAUGAUGGAUAACUGAACCAACAUAAUGCACUUUCAUUAGUUGUUUAGCAUAAAAUCAAGAUACAUUUGAGUUUCACAUUUCAAUACAUCUGCAGAUUUUUAAUUCCGUUUAACCAAAUCUAGCUACACGCUAGGACGCUUGGCCUCUGUUUUUCCCCUUCCCAUUACAUGUCUUCCUACACCACCCCCAACAUUGUUUCCUCAAUGGCACUGCCUUGCUGCCUCGGGUCUUUGGGGGAAUAACUUUAGUUGUAAAAGAAAUGGAACAAAAGUUUAGAUGUCCCAUUGCUGUGGAGAAGGUAGGCUGGAGCUACUGCAUGAAUAGUGUAAACUUCAGAUCAUUUUUAAAAUUUUUUUUUAAAAAGACCUCUCACUUAGACACCCUGCUUUAAAAUAUUUGGUUGGUAGUUGGAUGUGAUUAGCUAGCUGAUUUUUUAGAAUUGCUAAGCUAGUCUAUUCUACCUACCUUGUUAAAGUUUAGUAUGUUGCUUAAAUGCAAUAAGUUGCACAGUUUUUUUUAUUAAUUUUGUACAGGAUAAAUCAAUACUUCCAUUUAUUGGUCCUUGGAUUUAAUUUUGUGAUCAUGUUUUAAUGACUUGCAGCUACUUACCUGAAUGGUUUCGAAGAUUUGUCAUUUCACUGUACAUGAAGGUUCAGUUGUGGUCAUAGUUGUGUGCAGAUUUUCAAGUGUCUGCAGACUAGAUUUAAAUUUUAACCAACUGUAAAUCUUUCAAGUAACUUCCAGUAACUAGAUCUAGCCAGCUGUACUUAAUGUAUGAGACCUAUUCAUAGGCUAAUUUUUAAGUAGAAAUUUUGAAUUUCUCCAUUUAAAAAAAAAUGUUGUAGCCAUAAGUUUAAAUACUUUGUUUUGCAACUAAGUACAAUUUUCUGCCUCUGUUCCCUGUGUCCUUCUUCUUUUCCCCAAACCCACGCACCCCCCCCCCCCGCCGUUGUAUCUAGUGAAUUAAUUAACACUAAAUGUCACCUCAUUUUUGUGCUUUUAAAACUGAUUAGUGGCAGUCCAGGAGCCAAUAUUGCCUAAACUCUAAUGCCUAAAAAUAAACGAUGCAGACAAUAUCUUGCCUCUAACUAGCAGUUUUACAACACAGCUAAUGUAAUAUAGGAUGACCCAAGAUGGAAUUUCUAUACAUGUAAGUCCUUUUUGUGAAGCUAAGAGCUGAUAAUUUAGAGAGUCUAAACCAGUUGGGUACAAUCCUACAAAAUUAAUGUAUUAGAAGGCAGGGAUUUAAUAUUUUAAAAAUUUGUUGCAUUUUAAGGAAAGCAACGUUGACUCUCCAGUUGCCAUUAUUUAGACAGUGUUACACUGACACGAUGCAUAUUAACAGUAUUUAAUGUUUAAAAGUAAGCUCUAAUAAUAAAAGUUGAGCUCUGCAGUUGAGUAAUUCACAUUGUGUAGUGACUAAUGUGCUAGGAGUAACUGGAUUACUUUAAAAUAGUAUGCACAUGGUUAAGUUUUGAGACUACAGAAGUAUAGCUUUGAUUUUUUUUUUUAUCCUUGCCUCGCCCUGACCAAACUUAAUCAACGUGUAAGAUGUCCUCCUACAAUACAGUGACAACAAAAUGUCAGCUUGUGGAAAUGCCUUUCUACACUUGUGUAUGAGCAAACUGUUUAGGUAUCUGAAUUAGCAUCUACUUGGAUUAAAUUGUUCUAAUGAACUUCCAUAUGAACCUUGUUGAAUCAUUUUUGCAAUAACCUAGUAUGGAUUUUGAUCAGGAAUCUUUCCAAAAAUGCAGUGCCAGUAUUAUAAAUACAGUUACCAGAUGACUAAAUGCUCAGUCAUUUGAGUACUAGUAAUGGAAGCUUAUGACUAACUUUGCUUAACUAUUGCAAAUUUGUGUAAUAAAACAACUUUUGUUCAAUACACUUCACAGUUUGCUGCAUAGUCCAAGCUUGGGAGCAAUUCUACUUUAGUUACAAAUUGCUACAUUUUUUUUUCCAUUUUCACUUAUGAAAGGAACCUCCCCGUAAAGAAUCCUUGCUAAUCGAGUAGUGCUGUAGCACUGGUAACUGUCAUACAAAUCCUUUGUCUGUUCUGGGUGUUUUUUUUUUGUGUGGAGUAUGUGGAGUUUAGCCACUUACUGUACCUCUUUUAGAGCUACUGGUCAACAUACUCCUUCUUAAACUUGAUUUGGAAGUAAUAUAUGUUUUAUCCAAGGCCAUUUCCUUUCUCUCCCACUGUGCUACCACCCCCCCCACCCCCGGCAAAACCUUAAUCCUUUAAGCUAGCUUUGUGGUAGACUCAUUUUCCUGAUACUUAAAACCAUGCUGUUGUACAGUAAAUGAUGCUGUGUAAGGGUUACAGUUAAACCUUCCAUAAUACUGUUCUGCCUGAAACUUGAUUUAUUGUGUGUUUAUGCUUUAUUUGCAUUUUAAACUCCAAUAAAAGUUGAUAUCACCACCUG